AUGGUAUUAGACCCUAGAUGUAAAUUGAAGCUUGUGGUAUGGAUGGCAGCUAGGAUUUAUGAUACUAGUGAUGCAGAAUAUUUGAAAAUCAAGUUGGGUUCAUAUUUGAAGUCUAUUUUUGAUGAAUACUCUGGCAGGGCAGUGUCUCGUCUAGGUAGUUCAGUUAAUCUAUCAGGUGGUUUUAAUGCAGUUAAUGAUCCGUACCAUUGUGCUGAAUUCUACCAAUCAGAUGAGUGCAGCACAUCAGAGACAGAAUUACAGAAGUAUAUUCAAGAAGAAGUAGAAAACCGUCCUCCAAAUUUUGAUGUGCUAGAGUGGUGGAAGGUGAAUUCAAGCCGAUAUCCAAUACUUGCAAGCAUUGCAAGAGAGGUUUUAGCCAUACCGAUAUCCAGUGUAGCCUCUGAAUCAGCUUUCAGUACCGGAGGAAGAAUCCUUGAUGCAUAUCGUAGUUCUUUAACAUCGGCUAGUGUGGAAGCACUUAUGUGUACUGAAGAUUGGCUCAAAGGAGUAGUUCCAUCUUUUCUUAGUAGUGAGGAUCUCGAUAAUAUUGAUCGAAUUGAGGAUGAACUAUAUUCUGCGCCAGAUGCCGGAAGUUGCUCAUCCUUUGUGUCAGUUGUUGAUGAUUGAGGGUUGGAGAUGGCUUGGAUUGCCUUUGAAGAAGAUGGCCAUGGGAAAUUGUGGUUGAAAAUUGGAUGUUAAUGCUUAUGAGCUUAGAUUAAAAAUUAGAACUUUUAGGUCACAUGUUAGUUUAGGUUCAUUUUUGGAAUGUUCAUUUGUAAUGUGCAAUGAGUUUAUCAUGGAAACUAUGUAUUAAGAUGAACUUAUGGUUCAUGAUUAUGUAUGUGGACCAUUUUCUGAUA